AUGGUGACACUGUUUGCUAAUACUUUUAGGGCUCCAUACUAUGAACACCUUAUGGAUAGUUCAGCACAACAUUUCUAUGAUGUGGUGCGGAUUGCUGAGAGAAUUGAACAAGGAAUCCGAAGUGGGAGAAUUGCAGAACCUAUAGAGAAGAGAGGUUUCAUUGGGAAAAAGAAAGAAAAUGAGGUGAAUAACCUAGAAGGUGGAUACAAAGGGAGAAGCAAAAACUACCAAACACCUACCACCCAAGUCACCAGUAUCAAUUUUGCCAAACCCUCCAUCCUAAACCAACCCAAUCAAACAAAAUUCCCAGCAAAUAACCAAAGCAAUUACCAAAGAAGAGACAACCGACCAUCGGAAGAACAAUUACCACCUUUACCAAUAACCUUAAAAGAGUUGUAUGCCAAGCUGUUGAGUAUUGGGCAGAUAGCUCCCCUACCCGUACCACCUAUGCAACCACCUUUCCCUGCCUGGUACAACCCCGAGGUGACUUGUGAAUACCAUGCUGGUCACGCAGGUCAUAGCAUCGAGGUUUGCUUUGCUUUUAAAAGGAAGGUGUUGCAACUGAUCAAAGUUGGAUGGGUCACUUUCGAGGAUUCACCUAAUGUGAAUUCAAACCCUCUACCCAAACAUGCUGUAGGUGGUAGUGGAGUGAAUACUAUGGAGGUCGGUAGCAAAGAGAAGGUGCUAAAAGUGACCAUGGCGAGGCUGUACGAGAUGUUGGUACAAUCUGGACAUAUAGAGAAACCAUCUGAACAUUACGUGAGGGAAAAUGAUUUUUGCCCAUUCCAUAAAAAGAAAGGGCAUCACAUUGAUGAAUGCAUUGAGUUUCAUCAAAAGGUUGCGAGAAUGCUGACUUUAGGAGAGCUAAGGAUUGAGGCUGCAAGAGAUAAUGAAGAGAUCAAGAUGAUAGAGAAUCAGGGGAAAUGUAGAGUCCAAUCAACAGCUAAUGGGCUCUCAAAAUUGGUAUUAACUAAGCCCUCAUAUGCAAACAAAGUAGACUAUGGAGUGAUGCCUGGAGAUUAUGGUUAUACCUCGAAUAUUGAAACUCCUUUGCCGCUGUUCCGAACUGAGAUAAGUGGACUAACUCGGAGUGGCCGUUGUUUCACACCUGAAGAACUAGAGAAACAAAUAAAGGCUAAGGGCAAGGAGGUGUUGGACCUCGAUAAAGAGUUUGAGGUGAAUAAACCUGUGACUGAGGAAGAAACAAAUGAGUUUUUGAAAUUGAUGAAGCAUAGUGAGUACUGUAUAGUGGAUCAGUUGAAGAAGACCCCUGCCAAGAUCUCCAUCAUGUCAUUAAUACUCAGUUCCGAGCCGCAUCGUAAUGCUUUGCAAAAAGUACUAAAUGAGGCCUACGUACCCCAAGAUAUUGAACAAAAGACUAUGGAGCAUCUAGUAGGGAGGAUCCAUGCUGCCAAUUACUUAUAUUUCACGGAAAAUGAACUUGACGCUGAAGGAACUGGACAUAACAAGCCCUUGUAUGUCACGGUCCGAUGCAAAGAUUGUCUCAUCGGUAAGGUUCUCAUCGAUAACGGCUCGGCCCUUAAUGUGUUACCAAGGCAUAUGCUGGAUGAAAUGCCGGUAGAUCCCUCACACAUGCAACCCAGUGUGAUGACGGCUAGAGCGUACGAUGGCUCACCAAGGCAAGUGAUAGGGACAAUUGAGGUCGAACUAGCUGUGGGUCCAUAA